AGCCUUCGCCCUGGUCUGAGGCGGGGAAGCCAGCCUUCCGCCUGCAGCGGUCUUGUGUUAGAAAUCCGAAUUUGAAGUCCCCCGCGUCCGCUCUCGCACGUUUGCCUCAAUCCCCUCGGCGCUCCCGCAGCCGGUGGCUCAGACCGGUCUUCAUCUCUGGGACCUUCACUUUCAUACAUGUUUCCGCGCAUGCGUGCAGAGGCACACUUGUGCUCAUGACCGAGGCCGCGAAGCUGACCAGCUCCAAGCAUUGUGAUUAUGAUUCUCUGCUCGGUCCGGCUGGCGAUAGCCUGGAGGUUUCCAAGAAAAGUGCGGGAGUCACGACAAAGGGUAACUCUGUGCUGGUCACUGCUGGAGUCAUUAUCGGCGAUACCCUUGGCGCGGGGCUGCUGACCAUGCCGGGCGCGGUGUCGAUGUUUGGGUGGUUUGUAGGCAGCCUCUUCAUCGUCGGGCUGCUCGCCCUGAACCUGCACAUGUGCAUGUUGCUGUGGCGGAUGCGCAUGGCGUUCCCGCAUGCGCACACUCUGGGGGAGCUCGCUGAAGCGAGCUUCAGCAGAGCCCCCAAGUGGCAGCAGACUCUGAUGCGCCAGUUCACGGACAACGUGCAGUACGUAUAUGUCUUCUUCAUGCUCUCCGCCGACUCCACCAGCCUGGGCAAGGGCUUCGGGCUGCUGUUCUACGACGUGCACCUGUGCCUCCCCGUGUGGGUGCUGAUAGGCUCGGCUCUCGUGCUGCCCGUCCACGCACGCACGAAGUCCCUCGGGGGCAACAAGCCCCUGAUCCUGUUCAACUGCGUGGCCGUGAUAUGCUGCGUUCUGCUCUGCAUGCGCCACUUCCACCACGGUGGCGUGCUUUUCAGCAGGGGCGCCGGGACGUUCGAGGCCGUGACGCCCAUGACCAUGCUGGGGGUCUUGAACGGGCUGAACAUGAUGGUCUUCAAUUUCACGAUCCAGUUCAUGAUCGUGGAGAUAGCGGCCGAGAUGGAGGAGCCGCAGCGGCUCCCACUGGCGAUGUGGGGCUACGCGUACCCCUUCCUGGCUGCGCUCUUCACGCUGUGCGGGGUGGGCGGCUACUAU